CGCAAAUACCGCGGGCUCGUCUUGUUGGCAGGAAGUAGGCAAGAUGGCGGAUGGAUUGGACAUGACAAGACACCUACAAAUAAUGUCUGCAUAAAACACAAUCAAAUCAACCAUGGCUUCCGCUGAUGAGUCUAAAGUUCCUACAGAGACCAAUCAAAAUAUUCCCGACGUCCUGCAAGGUUCAGAACCUGGAGCAAUACCCAACCAUGAACCCCUGUUUGAGCUUCCCUCAGAUGAAGAACUUGACAUCUCUGUAGAUGACAUAUGUGCUUUCCCUGAAGCUAAAGGAAAGUCAGCCUCAGAAACAACUCCUGGUAAAGGAAGAAUUUCAAGCUUCAGUAGCAGUCAUGGAUCAGCUGGUAGUGUGGGUGAAUAUGAGAAUGCAUCAGUAGAUGCAGCAGAACUUGCCAUGAAUUUCAAUGUGAAGUCGYUUACUAUUGCUGAGGAGACAGAUGAAUAUAAUAUGAAAGAUGUUAAGCAUCAAGUAUCAGCAACUGAUAUUAAUGAUAAAUCACUUCAUUCUGAAGAAGCAAGGAAAACRAGAGCACAGAGUAUUAAAGAAAUAAGAAGGGAGAGUGAAGAAGAAGAYGUAAAUGACCCAUAUUGGGUGAAGCACAAAAAACAUGUGUUUGUUUUUAGUGAUGCUGGUAAACCCAUUUAUUCCAGAUAUGGCAAUGAAGACAAACUUGCUACUCUAAUGGGAGUUAUGCAAGCAAUAGUAUCAUUUGUGCAAGACGACUCCAAUCAAAUUCGAUGUGUUACGGCAGGAAAACACAAGAUUGUCUUCCUACUUAGAGGACAUGUGAUACUCGUAGCAGUUGCACAGACACAAGAAUCUGUUACGCAGCUUAUUCUCCAGCUUUCAUAUGUCUAUAACCAAAUCCUUAGUGUAUUGACAUAUACACAGCUGUCAAAGGUCAUGGAGCAGAGAAGAAACUAUGACUUAAGAAGGCUUCUCUCAGGAACAGAGAAAUUUAUCGAUAAUUUAUUAAACCUUAUGGAUCAUGAGCCAAGUUUUCUUUUAGGAUCUGUGCGAUGUUUACCAUUAUCUAGUUCUAUAAGGGAUACCAUAGGACAAAGUAUGUUACAAGCACGUGUUGAGGAUUUAGUUUUUGCAAUUUUAGUUGCUAAGAAUCAACUUGUCACUUUAGUUAGACCAAAGAAAUACAGUUUACAUCCUUCAGAUUUACACUUAAUUUUUAACUUAGUAAGUGCUUCAACAUCAUUCCAGACAGCUGAAUCCUGGACACCAAUAUGCUUGCCUAGAUUUGACAACAGUGGUUACCUUUAUGCUCACAUAUCAUAUCUACAAGAAGACUGUCCAGCAUACCUUCUUUUGCUCUCUACUGACCGUAGUGCUUUCUUUGAACUGGCUGGUUCCAAACAGAAGAUUUUAGAGAGAUUAAAUAGAUAUCACUGUCUGGAGGCAAUAACAGAAGCUGUAGCAACGAGAAGUUACAACACAGAUCAAGUAGGGAUUCCAGACUUGUAUCACUUUAUAUACAAAUCAAAAAGUACUGCACAAUACACUUCACCAGAAUUGCAUGCGCCUUAUCUUGAGCCUGAAGAACAAGAAAGGUUAUUUGGAUUAUACUUGUAUCUUCAUCAUCGCAUUCAUUCCUCUGCAAGACCACUAAAAAUUCUUUGUCACGUGGGCACUAGAGAAAUGCUUCUUGGCUGGGUGACCUCAGGGUUUGAACUCUAUGCUUCAUUUAGUCCAUUGGUCACAAAGCCUCUAGCAAUAAAUGCAAUCAAUAAACUUCUCAGAUGGAUUAAGAAAGAGGAAGAUAGAUUAUUUAUCCUGAAUUCUCAGGUAUUUUAAGCAAGAUUCAAUUGUCACACCAACGGUCUGACUAAUCCUGCCUGGCAUCAAUUCUACCAACUCAAAAUAUUAAUUUGAUAUGUUACCAUGGCGAUUCAUAUCUUAAAUUUAUAGCUUUUAGUGACGUCACAUUCGUGACAUAUAUGAGGGUAUUUAUAUCACUUAAAACAUUGCUGCUAAAAUUACUACCAUAAAAGCAUCUUUGUGUCUUAUUUGGUGCUAAAGUUAUAUUAGUCAAAAAUGUCUUUAGAAAAAUACUGUACAUAAUCUAUAUUACAAUGUAAGUAAAUCGAAAUGGUAGAAAAAAAUAAAAUUUGGCCCUGA